AUGAACCCAACCACCUUUACCCUCGAAUACGAUGAAUCUCAAGAACCUCCCCCCGAUCCCUCAUAUAUGACCUUUCCGCAUAACUAUGGCUUCGGUGCCAUGCUACCCCAGGAUGCGGAUCUACCACUACAGAAUUUCGACCGACAGCCUGGCCUGGAAGGCCGUAUGUCGAACGUCAUGCUCACAUACGAGGGGAUCCCUACCUCGGGCGUCUCGAUGCCAGUGAGCCUGGAUCCCACAAACGCCUUUGCCUACAAUGCCACCUACUCGACCAUGGGAGUACCGCCACAGAUGGAUCACUCGCAAUUUCAAUCCACCUACCCAUAUUCAUCGUCCAUGUCCAUUCCCCGUUAUUCUCAGCACGCCCCGCCAGUUCGAAAGGAACCAUACGAUACAAGCACCGAAUCCACGGCGAAUUUCGAGGACUCGGACUUUUCAGGUCGCAUGAGCGACCGGUCAUACGCUCAGACACAGGCACCGGCUCAGCCACCGGCACCGGCACCGCCCCCGGAGCGCCGCCUACAGCCUGCAAGCCAGCCAUACCGUCCAUUGCAACCGGUGCCCAUCCAACCUAAAAAACCAGUUACUGCCAAAGAUGAUCUCUCGCCGGGACUAGAAAAGCCUGAAAUUGGCAAGACUAAACAUACCGGCAUCUAUUCGACAACUGGCUUUGACGUGCUCGGGGCGUUGGGCCGCGUUGCUAUGCGGCCAAACCCCAAAAUCAAUAUCGGUGCGGUUGAUCUCUCAUGUGCCUUUGUGAUGUGCGAUAUUUUGAUCGAGGAUCAUCCCAUUGUCUAUGUCUCAGAGGCGUUUGAACGAUUGACAGGUUACACCAAAGACGAAAUUGUGGGCCGAAACUGUCGAUUUCUUCAGGGCCCCGACGGAAAAGUCAACGCUGGCGCAAAACGGACCUUUGUUGAUGGACAGACGGUCCAUCGGUUACGGUCAACGAUCGAUGAUCGCACCGAGAUCCAGGCUAGUAUCAUCAAUUAUCGCAAAGGCGGCCAGCCUUUCAUGAAUCUCAUCACGAUGAUCCCCAUCCAGUGGGACUCGGAUGUGUAUCGAUAUUAUGUCGGUUUCCAGGUUGAUUUGGUUGAAAAGCCCGAUGCGGUGACCCGAAGGAAUCCUGAUGGGAAUUAUAGCAUUAACUACCAGCGUGAUCAGCUGCCACAGUAUAUCGUUCCACCAGCUGAUGUUCACCCCUCACGGCCAGAUCUCAUGUUGCGAUAUAAUCAUGACGAAGUGACCGCCAUUCUAAACGCCGCGGGUGCACCGGGCAAUGAAGUCAACCGGCACUACUUGGAUCGCGUUCUCGUUGAAAACACUGACGAUGUGAUUCAUGUCCUUUCGUUCAACGGCGAGUUCUUGUAUCUAUCGCCAUCCUGUCACAAAAUUCUAGAGUACAACCCAGCGGAACUGGUCGGCAAGACCCUGUCUACUAUCUGCCACCCGAGUGAUAUUGGUCCCGUAAUCCGUGACCUGCGAGCCAGUACGACCACCGCUCCUGUGAGUGUUGUGUAUCGUAUUAGACAGAAGUACAGGGGAUAUAUGUGGUUCGAGAGCCAUGGCGCGUGGCACAUUGAUCCUAACCACGGCCGGAGACAUCUUGUCAUGACCGGCCGCCCACGACCAGUCUACGCAUUGGAUCAAAUUUCCCGCCUGGGUUCAUCCGCUGCGCUGGCCGAGAAUGACGUUUGGGCCAAGGUUUCUUUGUCCGGUGUCAUUCUGUUCAUCACAAGCAAGGUGAAGCCAGUGCUCGGCCGCUCGGCCGACGAUCUAAUAGGCAAAGGUUUGCAAGAGAUCAUGGAGCCCGAGACUGGUGGUUCUUCUACAAUCACGCAAGCCUUGGAGGCAGCGAGUCGUGGGCAGGGAGCUGGUCUGGCCACCGCCAUAGACGGCGGCCGCAGGAACGAAAAGGAUGAACUGCCCUCGUUCAAGCAUCAAAUGCGGCAUAAAAGAGGACAUUUUCUUUCAGCCUAUACCACAUUGUAUACUGGCGAUGUACAAGAAGGAACCAAGCCGACGUUCCUUGUCGCCCAGAUCCGAUUUUCUCGGUCCUCUCCCCCAUCCGCUACUGCUAUCGCAGCUGCCGAGGACGAGAGCCUCGCUUCGCUUACCGGCACCGCACGCAACACAACACUCACCCUCGACAAUCCCCUCCCGCCCCGCCAGUACGGCACGCUUGGGCAACGAAUGCCCGAUCUAUCGUCCCUCAUUGGAUCUAAUGGUCUGCCUACUGGUAACCGCAGCAUCUCACCCUCUACGGAUCCCGCAACUUUCUUUACCGAGCUUAAUCCCACACGCGGAUCGAGUUGGCAGAUUGAGUUGCGCGAGCUGGAGAAACAAAAUCGCACAUUAGCCGACGAGCUGCAACGCAUGCUGGCUCGCCGCAAGAAGCGUAAGCGCAAGCAGAGUGCCAUCGCAAUUGAGAAAUCAUGUGCCAUGUGCAAUACCAACAAUACCCCCGAGUGGCGGCGCGGUCCGAGUGGAAAUCGGGAUCUUUGUAACAGCUGCGGUCUACGGUGGGCGAAACAAAUCCGUGGCCAAGUGCAGGCGCAGGCUGCGGCUUCUUUGACCAUCACAGGAUGA